AUGUCAAUUUAUAAGGUUAUAAGUCUUAAAGAAUGUCUGGAUUCCAACCAUCUUCUUACACUAUCGACAGGUAGUCCUACUUACUGGCCUAGUGAUCCGGAGAAGACGCCUGACUUACUAGACUUUUUCAUUACCAAAAACAUCUGUCCACAAUACACAUCAGUGGAGUCAAGCCUUGAUGGUUUGUCUGACCACUCGCCUAUUAUUCUGACGAUUAGCUCAAUAAUUCCAACCUCUGAUCGUGGAUGUGAAUCUCUCCACAAUUUCAAAACCGAUUGGUACGGCUUUCGUGACCUCUUGAAUGAGGAAAUCAACCUUCACUUUCCCAUGUCAUCGGUUGAUGAAUUGGAAGACGCCAGCCUCUAUUUCACAAACUUGGUCCAGGUGGCUGCGUGGAAAAACACACCAGAGCUUUGUACGGGGAACUUUUCUCCAACAUUACCAAUGGAUAUAAGACACAAAAUCGAACAGAAACGCAGAUUGCGCAGAGUCUGGCAACACUCGCGUCACCCCUCUGACAAAUCGGCUCUCAAUCGAGCAAUUAAGGAGUUGAGGGGUCUGUUGAGAGCUUCUGCUAAUGAGACAGUGCGACAAACAUUAGAGCUUAUGUCACCUUUGGGCCGGGGCGAACGUUCCCUGUGGAAAGCAACAAAAAAUUUAAACAAAAUGCAAAUUCCGACUCCCCCCAUCCGAAACGGAAAAACCUGGGCACGUACAGACGCAGAGAAAGCUGAUGCUUUUGGCACUCAUUUAGCCGCAAUAUUUAAACCCAAUGAAGCACUUGGCGAUGAUGAUCCGCAUAUAGAUUUAAUUCUGAAUCAAGAUUUUCAACUCAGUGUUCCACCCUCACCAACAUCACCCAGUGAAGUAUUGAGAGAAAUAAAAAACAUGAAUGCCAAAAAAGCGCCUGGCUUCGAUCUCAUAACGCCAAGGCUCUUGAAGGAAUUACCAAAAAAAUGCGUGGUGUUUUUAACUAAUCUCUUCAACGCCACAUUGAGACUUUCUCACUUUCCCAACGUCUGGAAGGUCUCGCAAAUAAUUAUGAUCCACAAGCCCGGAAAACCAACUCAUGAACCAUCUUCAUACCGGCCCAUCAGUCUGACUCCCGUCCUGUCAAAGCUUUGGGAGAAAAUAUUUCUCACUAGACUUUCCAAAUGUAUUAACGAACGUGAUAUCAUACCGCAACAUCAAUUUGGUUUCCGAAAACAUCAUUCAACCGUGGAACAGGUUCACAGAGUCUAUGAUUCCAUUCGCCACUGCCUGGAAACCAAACAGUAUUGCUCUGCAGCAUUUUUGGACAUUCAGCAAGCCUUCGACAAGGUUUGGCACAAAGGAUUGCUCUAUAAAAUCAAGAAGCUUCUACCACAUCCUAUAUAUUCCAUUAUAAGGUCUUACUUGGAAGAUAGAGUUUUCUUUGUUAAGCAGGGCGAAGCUAGAUCUGGCUUAUUCAAGUGUCUUGCUGGAGUGCCCCAGGGGUCAGUCCUCGGACCGGUCUUGUAUAACAUCUUCACCCACGAUCUACCACAGUCAGGGGACGUCACUAUUGCUACUUACGCCGAUGAUGCUGCCUUCCUUUCAUCUUCUGUGGACCCAAUAAGAGCAACCGCAAAACUGCAAAGGCAACUAAAUGACACUCACUCUUGGCUUAACAAAUGGCGAAUGAAGGCUAGUGCCCCCAAAUCUUUUCACAUCACUUUCUCACUACGGCAGGGUGAUUGCCCACCGGUCAGGCUUGACAACACAACUCUGCCACAAACAAACUGCGUCAAAUAUCUCGGUUUCCUUCUGGAUAGACGCCUAACCUGGAAAGACCACAUUAAAGCCAAAAGAGACGAAACUAACCAACGAUUCAGAAAUUUGCUUUGGUUACUCGGUAGACAAUCAACUCUAUCCACUGACAACAAACUGCUCGUUUACACUACUGUCCUAAAACCGAUCUGGAUAUAUGGAAUCCAGAUUUGGUCUACAGCCAGCAAAUCUAAUAUAAUGUGUCUCCAAAGAGUACAGAACAACAUUCUGCGUGUCAUUGCUGGCGCCCCGUGGUUUGCUCGAAACUCAGAAAUCCAUGAUUAUCUUGGGAUUCCCACUGUAACGGCGGAAAUUGAACGUUACAGGAAAAACUACAUGGAGCGUCUUUCUGCACAUCCUAACCCACUAGCCUACCAGCUGACGACCUCAAGGCCUGAAUCCAUCCAAACUCUUAAAAUAUACCCAAAUCCAGAUUCGCAUGGAAAAAAUGAUGUUUGCAACUUUAUUGACGUUAAGACGGGAGGCCGCGGUGAUGUAUAUGGCAAACCAGAGAAUCUAGAAGACAGGUUUGGAGAUUCAACAACAGAAGAUACGGAUUCUGAGAGUACUGACGUUGAUAGCGGUGAAAUAUACGGAAAGGGUGAAAAAGGGGAUAAAGGUGACAAAGGAGAUACAGGCGACAAGGGUGAAAAGGGUGACAAAGGCGUGUCCGUUAUUGGUCCAAUUGGACCACAGGGACCACCAGGUACAGUAGGUCCACAAGGACCACCUGGUGUCAAAGGCGAUCAAGGAUCCUGCCAAUGUUCAGAGAAGAUCGUAUCGGAUUUAUUGCUUACCAUGCCAGAAAUGAGAGGACCUCGUGGAGAACCGGGUCCUCGAGGUGAUGAUGGGGAAGUAGGAAAACCUGGAUUAACAGGUCAACCGGGUAAGCAAGGCGAAAGAGGUCCAAUGGGGUUAAGGGGUGAUCCAGGUGAGCCGGGCAGAGAUGGCGUUCCUGGAAAGGAUGGUGAGCAAGGUUCUAAAGGAGAACCAGGAAGGGAUGGAAAUACCGGUCCUCAAGGAGCUCAAGGUCCAAUGGGUCCACCUGGUCCACCUGUACCCGUAUAUAAGGAAAUAGAAGAGGCAAAAGAGCCAGUUGCGGGCGAAAGAGGUGAACCGGGUCCAAUUGGACCACCAGGACCACAGGGGCCUCCUGGGGUUGAAGGUAAAAGAGGUGAUAAGGGCAAUCCAGGAGAAAAAGGAGAGAAAGGUGAAUUAAUGACACAAAUUAUUACACAACGGGGACUUGAUGGCAAACCGGGUCUUCGAGGAGAGAAAGGUGAUACAGGAGAACCUGGAAAGAAUGGCUUUCCAGGAGUACCGGGUACUCACGGUCAUCCUGGAGAUAAGGGAGACAAAGGUGAUAAAGGCGACCGAGGUGAUAUUGGUUUACCUGGUCUACCAGCUAAACUAUCUUCAAUAUUAGACACGGAAACGGAUCCCGCUGAAAAUGCAGCAAUAGUAGAAAAACUAAGAGGAUACAAAGGUGAAACAGGUGUUCCAGGGAUUAAAGGUGAAAAAGGUGAUUCAGGACCCGUAGGACCAAUUGGCUUACCAGGAAAUGAUGGCCCACGAGGUCCUCCGGGUGAAAAGGGUUCACAAGGUCAUAGAGGAGAACCAGGUAUCACAGGUCCAAGAGGUGACAAAGGUGAACAAGGAGAGCCUGGUCCACCUGGAAAUGUACCAACAUCUGCUAUUAGUCUGAUGAAGGGGCCACCUGGUAAGCCUGGACCGCGUGGACCAUUGGGACACAUAGGAAAAACAGGGCAAAAAGGAGCACCUGGAUCAAUAGGACCUAAAGGCCAACGAGGAGAUCCUGGAAUGCAGGGCCCAACUGGACCUAAAGGUGAAAAAGGUGAUGCUGGAUCAAAGGGAGAGAAAGGUGAAACUCCGUUCAUUGACAUCAAAAAAAUUAAAGGUGAAAAGGGUGAAAGAGGUGAAGCUGGUAAACCUGGCACAGAAGGAAAACCUGGGAUACCGGGGACUUGUGAAAAAUCAGACUCAGUAAUGGUUCCUGGUCCACCUGGACCUCCUGGACCUCCUGGUCCACCCGGGGUAUCUAUUACUGGUCCAAAAGGAGAACCUGGUGGAAUUCUUACGCGGAGUACACUAUUCGCCUUCAAUGAUAGAAAUAAUGGUGCCGACAGUUCGAAUGAAGAUGAUGACUUCUAUACAGCACCGACUAUCAUUUAUAAAACCAGCACAGCAUUAUUGAAGAGAACUUCGAUCACGCCGCUAGGAACACUGGCGUAUGUUUUACAAGAGAAAAUACUAUUGAUGAGGGUUGAAAACGGAUGGCAAUAUGUUAUAAUGGGUUCUUUCCUUCAAACAAGAGAAAGUCACACAAGUACGUCACAUAAGCCGAGACUCUACACUACUACAUCAAAACCAACAUCGCCGUGGGACGAUGAUACUCGACAUGUUGAUGAUUUCAUAAAAUUGAUCGCCUUAAACGAACCGUAUCCGGGCAACAUGAUAACACCAAUGAACAGGACAGGCCGAAGCGCCGCCGAUCAAAUGUGUUACAAUCAAGCGAGAAAAUCACAUAAACUAAGUACAUUUGUAGCGUUCCUGGCCAACAAGUGAGUGCUUUUAUGUCUAUGGUGUUAUACGACCGUACAUUUUAUUAAUAAUAGUAGUAAUAAUAAUAAUCGUUUAUUCACACUCACAUACAUACAUCGAUACACAGACAACUUAAAGACUAGACAAAAAAAAAACAAAAUUACAAGAUAACUGCUCAACAA